CAAUGAACCAAUGAUAAAACACCACAUCGAAGUUAAAUCGACACAGAAUUCUGUGACAAGUCUUGCAUCAGAAAAUAUCAAUAUUCAACAAAUAAGAAUGUUUAAAAGAAGAAGUGGUAAUCGUAUAAGUGAUCAAUAUUUUUAUAAUAUUGUUUUUUAGUGCAAUCGUGGUUAAUAAAACAAAUAACAAGUAUAGUUUAAGAUAACAGUGAUUAAAUAACGUCUCGGUAUCAAAUAAAAAUGAGUACACCGAUUUUGAUAACAAUUCCCAGUUAUGUUAACACCUCCAGAAAUUCCUCUCUGGUGGGUUACAAAACAACGUCAAAUAAUGAAAAUUCAAUAACAAGAGGAAAAAAACGAAGAUUAGAUCAUUUAACAUGGGAGGAAAAAGUUUUAAGAAAGAAAUUAAAGAAUCGUGUUGCAGCACAAACAUCACGUGAUCGUAAAAAGGCAAAAAUGGAUGAAAUGGAAAACUCUUUAAAUAUAUUGGUAAAACAGAAUGAAACAUUAAUUAAAGAAUGCCAAAGCUUACGAGAAUUCAAUGAAAAACUCUUAAAAGAAAAUGCAGAACUACGUGAGAAAAUGACAUCAACAUCAUCAUGUAGACAUCAGGUGUGUUCUGUCGGUUGCGGUCUCGUUAAAUCUGGACCAGCAGUGUCUGUUGAUAGCCCUCUGCAGCAGGGACGAGCAGCGCAACCGGCAGCACACCUACUUCUACAGAUAUUGAUGAUGCCUUCUCUUGCCGACAUCUGCGGAUUCGAUUCAGAGUUCGAUGCCGAUAAACUUGAAGAACUUGCCCAAAGCUUACUCCAAGAUAUCACUGGAGAACUUAAAGCAAGUAGUAAGAGAGAAAAUAUCGAGGGGCGAACUACAAAUACCAGCCAACAGUCUGAAACUUCAAGAUUGGUGGGGACGUCAUCAGAAUGCAUGGAAUCCAGUAGGAACGACAAAAGCAUAAAUGAAUUAAGCACAAACAGUUUAACAACAAAUCUAAAGAACGACAUAAGUAUAACAGAAAAUGAACGAUUAAAUGAAAUCGAUAAUUUAAAUAUUAAAACAGAAGUAAAAGAAGAAAUGGAUGAAGAAGUAUUAUAUGGUACAUACGAUGAAGAUUCAAAUUGUAUAACAAUUGUGAUCAGUGAUGAAAAUGAUGUUUGUAUUGAAGAUGCUGUCACAGAAGUAAUCACUACUGAUGUUCCAGAAGAGAAUAAUCAUUCAACAGAAAGUCUAAGUCAUUAUUUAUCAACAUUUGUUGAUACAGAUACAACAAUACCAUCAGUUGAACCACCAUUAAAGUUAUUAUCACCCAUACCUAGUAUAGCAGAAGUAAUGUCACCUGUUUCAAGUCGUGAUAGUUAUUCAUCAUCACCACAGUAUCAUAAACAACAUCAUGACAUAUCAGUCUCUGAUGGAGGCUACGAAUCUAUUGGUUCACCACUUAGUGAUACUUCAAAUCAUAGUGAAUUUAAUGAUUUAUGGAAUGAAAGUUUUCAAGAGUUAUUCCCAUCUUUAUUAUAGAUCUUUUUUUUUGAUUUAGUGCACUUUUUGAUAGUGAUUGGACAUUAAAAAAGACUUCUUUUAUUAGUUUUAAUU